UAAAUAAACAACGCUUGCAGCUCUCAUUCGAAGUGUCAAAACCAGAUGGGCGAGUAAAAUUUUCAUCGAUAACAUUGGAAUUGGAGUAUUUUCCCAAUUUUUCGGGUAAAAAUGUUCUGUAUUCAAAAAUUCUUGCAAGUUACGGCGAAAAGCCAAAUUAUCAUACCACGAUGCAUGUCUCAGUACCCGUCAACCUUUCAAAAGCCCGUUUUCAAGCACGAAAAACAAAAAGAAGCUGAGGAAACCGGAGAACUUGCCAGAUUAUCUCAUCUUCCGGUCCGAGCAGCUGUCAACGAUGCCACAAACUCUGUUUUCCACAACGAAUACGUGCGACAAUUUACGAAUUAUGUCAUGGAAGACGGCAGAAAGGCGCUCGCUCGUAAACUCAUUGAAGAAGGUUUCGAAAAUAUCAAGCGAAUCCAGUUGGAACGUUACCAUUUAGCAAGCGAGGAAGAAAAGAAGAAUAUCGAGACAGAACCGUUGAAGAUUUUCCUCAAGGCGAUCGAGAAUGCGAGACCAUUGCUGACUUUGACGGCAAUCAAACGCGGCGGCUCGACAUACCAAGUGCCUAUUCCAAUUACUGAGAAAAAAUCGAUUUUCAUGUCGAUGAAAUGGAUUCUCGAGGCAUCGAACGAAAAGGAGAGAAAAGUACUUUUUCCCGAUAAAUUUGCGUGGGAAGUGCUCGAUGCUGCCAACAACCAAGGACGUGUUAUCAAGAAAAAAUUGGAUUUGCACAAGCAAUGUGAAGCGAAUCGGGCAUACGCUCACUACAGAUGGGGCUAAAAAUGCUUCGUUCAGCGUGAAAAUGCAACUUUUUAGUAAAUAAAUAUCAAAUUAAAC